CUUCCCGUGGUUCCGGGAAUUAGUGGAGCACUGACUGAAAAUCAGUGGUGCAGUGGUCAAGCUGUCCCCUCCUCGGUAUUAAAAGACAGUCCUCCUGUUGCCAGAGGGACACCUUCAUGGGCAUGGAGUGCAAAGUACAAUUGGGAGACUGUGGACUGGUCCACUUCUGCCACAGCAGGGACAUCAGGUAUAGGAGAAGGUGGGGUAAUCACUACUGGACUGCAAAGGAUGCAUUUUCUAUGGAUUUAUCCUGUGGACUUUUUUCUUACAGAUUUUCAUCAGGAUGAGCCUCCAGGCUCCACCCAGACUCCUGCAACUGGCGGGGCAGAGCCUGCUGAGGGACGAGGCUGUGGCCAUCCCUGCUGUAAAGGAGCUACCCAGGGAACUUUUCCCACAACUGUUCAUGGAGGCCUUCACCAAGAGACAGAGAAAAGUCCUGACGGCCAUGGUGCAGGCCUGGCCCUUCACCCACCUGCCUGUCGGGUCUCUGUUGCCGACUCCUGACCUGGAGACCCUAAGAGCUGUGCUGGAUGGGCUGGAUGUGCUGCUGGCUCAGAAGGUUCGCCCCAGUGGGCGGAAGCUGCAGGUGCUGGAUUUACGGGACGUUGAUGAGAACUUCUGGAACCUCUGGAGCGUGUGGUCUGCAGCCCCUGUGAGGCCCUCACGGGCCAGGAGUCUGAGGAAAACAGAGGACUAUCCAUGCACAGCAAGGCAGCGACCACUGCAGGUGGUCGUAGACUUGCUUCUCGGCAUCCAAGACCUCAUCGCACAUGAAUUUCUCACGUAUCUCUGUGAGUGGGCCCAGCAGAGGAAGGAUUCAGUGCACCUGUGCUGUAGGCGGUUGGACCUUUACGGGACCUAUGUCGAUGAAGACAGAAAGAUUUUCGAAAUGGUCGACCUGAGCCACAUCCAGCACGUUGAAGUGCACACCUACUGGGACACGGAUAGUUUAGAAGACUUUUUCCCUUAUCUUAUCCAGAAGAAGAGUGUUCGUCAAAUCAUCUUGCCCAACUUCCUGGCGUGGUUCAACGGUCAGAUAGACGUAAGGGAAGACAUGAUGACAGAAUUGACCACUAAAUUCUUCAAGCUGGACAAGGUCCAGAAGUUUAAACUGCAGGGCAGCAACUUCCUCGUGGACCAUCUCAAGUUAUUCAGGGGCACAAGUGAUGGUGGGAGGAGUCAGCCUACAGAGGGACAGACCAGAAUGAGCAGUCUUGCAUACACAGCACCCAGGGUGUUUGCCAUCAUGAGCUGGAGAAGACAAGCUUGCUUGUGUUUGGGUGACACAUUCUCCUGCCCUGUGCUGCUUCCCCAUCAGUCUCCUCUCACCACUGCUAUGCCCAGGACUAAGUGCCUUCUCUCUCCCCAGGUGCCUCAGGACCCCCUUGAAGUCCUUGACACUGAGUGCUGGAUAUUUGAUUUACAAAUGCACACCCUGUUCAUGGACCCAAUCAUGCAUCAGCCAGAGGAGCUGUACCUGACUGGCACCAUGCUGAGAACUUUGGAAUCCGAGUUCCUCCUAAUUCUACUGGAGAAAGUUGCAGCCACCCUGCAGGUCCUGAUCUUGGAGGACUGUUGGAUGACAGACUCCCAGGUCCAUGACAUCCUACCUUCCUUAAGCCGCUGCCACCAGCUGAUGAUCUUCAACUUCUGUGGGAACCUAAUCUCCAAGGCCAUCCUAGAGAACCUGUUGCACCACAUCCUCGGGCUGCAAAGGUUAAACUCAGUGAUAAACUCUGCCCCUUCGGAGUGUUAUCGUUAUUUUAAGGAUAUCUACUGGGAGAGAUAUCUCCAGCUUUGGGCUUGGCUGAUGGAGAUACUGAGGGACACUCAGGCCUUAAGGAAGCCCGAGGUGAUUCUCUUACAUACCCUGCCCUGCCGUACCUGUGGCAGCAGGGCAUCCUAUGACCUGGAGCCCAGUCCCUGCAGCUGUGGGAGGCUUGGAGGGAAACCGUGAGAACCGUGGCAAUGGUUCUAAGAGAAGAGCCCGAAAUAAAGGGAACAUGAGCUUAAACUGUCUAGUGUCUUCCGUGAUCAAUUAAACUGCUUUUUGGUGUCAAUCUCCAGUUAUUGAUGUAGGGAAUAGAGGCACUUUGGAGUCUGAUCAAUGAGGUUCCACCCCGGGAACAGAAGCUAUGAAAAUGAAAUUGGUCUCAUUUUGAUGGAUUCCCUCCUUUAAUCUCUUCCUGGAUAUCUGCUCUGCCCUUGCCUAUUUCUCAAGGAAAGUCAAUGCUUUCUUCUGUGAUUACCUCAUGUCUUUAAGAUCAUCAGUUUAAUCCUGUCUGAGAGGUCAUGUUCAUCAUCUCACAGACACACUCUUCACUCACUACAAUUUACAAGAAAAACCACUAGGAAGGAAAAGAAAAAUUGUUCUUCCUGUCAUGUGAUUCCCUACCAUUUCGUUUUUUCUCUUUAGAGCAAAACUUCUCUAGAGUUCUCAACAUCCCUAUUGCUACAUGCUCAUCUUUCAUCUCUCCAGUUUUCUUUACAAACAAUUCAAAAUACAGGGAACAGUGUGCUGAGAGUUAUAGACAAGACAUGGACACGCACACUUGGCUUCACACUGACAAUAUCAGCAUCUUGCCAUGUGGCUUCAGACACCCCUAAGGGGUUAUCUCGCAGAUUAAUCUUCCUGGGUCCCCUACUCCUGAAGCCCCUUCUCUUCCUUCCUGCCCAGAGGUAACCAUUGAAUUCAAUUCGUUUCUAUAUUAUUACCAUCCAUGUUUUCAUUAUAUUCUUCAUACAUGUGUUCAUCAAUAACAGAAAUUAUUUUCAAUAUUGGUAAAAUUCACAUCAAUUCCAUACUUUAUAUAUCC